AUGCUCUCAGCAUCAAGUGAAUAUCUUCGCUUAAAACACCAUCAUGAUCAUUGGCAUAAGCACGAACAUGAUCAUGCUAUUGAUGAUCAUGGUAGUGAACGUCAUCAAGCAAUGGUCGAAUUACAAAAACAUUUAGGUCAACCCGGAACAACGCCAUAUGAAAUCGAACAUUUAAUGGGUUCGCCAACUAAAAUUCUUGAUCGUCCUGAUGCAACUCUUUUAGCUGAACUUAAACGUAAUCAUGAAAACUAUGAAUACCCUCAUGAUGCUGAAAUUUGGAUCUAUGAAUGGCGUGGUAAUCAUGAUUAUGUUUAUUUUAUUAUAUCAAAAGACAGAAAAGUUAUUCAAUCAGCUUGGUACUAUUCAUUUGAAUAA